AUGGUGCCCUCCGACGGGAGCAGUGAUUAUCUUACCGCACUGCGUCAUCGGCGGAAUAGAAGGGUCCCUUACGUCAAUCAAGCAUGCAUCGAAUGCAAGAGGAAGAAGAUCAAGUGCGACGGUGUCAACCCCUGCGCGGCAUGCACACGGAAUUCGGUCACAUGUCAAUACCACCCACAGCGUCGAGUUCUAGGCACUCCGAAGCUCAGUUCAAACGUCUCAAAAGCUGUAUCUACACACACUCCAUCAUCACAAUCGCCUAGCCAAGAGACGAGUCCUCUCCUUGAGUCUAGGCCAAAUCUCAUGUCAUGUGACGCAAGUAGUAAUUCUCCGGAGUUUUGUGGCCCAUCAAGCUCUGAGUUCACUUUUGGAGUUGUCAAAGGCAAUCUCGAGGCCAUGGGAAUCCCGCCCUCUAUAUUGGACAAGUCUACUCCGAAGACCAACCCUGCCUCAAAUACGCCAUCUCAGCUGGCGCAAUAUGGGCCACUCAUGAAGAUUCUGGCUCGAGAUCCGCUAUGGGAAAUCAGCCUCGAAGAUGCUACCAACCACAUCCGAGAGUGGUUUUCGGGCACCGGCUUUCUCUACGCCGUCGUCAGCGAAGAGCAGCUGCUCAAGGUUGCUAGUAACGUGUUUGGCACUCUACGGGCCGUCAACCUCAUCCUGGCCACUUGCUUGACUUUGGAGAGUGGCAAUUGCAAUGACUUAGCUCAGAGGCUCUUUCAGAGCGCCACCGAAGCUGGUGAGGGGCUUCUAUGGGGUAAAAACUCGAUUAGCAACAUACAGAUGCUGGUGUUGAUGGCCCUUUACUACUAUCACCUUGAUGAAGAAGUACGGACCGGUCGCAUCAUUGGAUUUGCAGCUCGGCUCUGCCUCGAAAUGGGCUUACAUCGCAGGGCUUCUGUAGAUCGCUUUGCCAACUCGGAAGAGCAAGCAGCGGGGCUACAGACGUUCUGGUGUGUGUACAUGUUAGAGAGAAGGACAAGCCUGGGCCAGGGGAUACCGUUCUAUAUACAGGACUGCCAUGUCGACCCCACACUACUCGCAAUGAACGGACAUGAUCCGGUGAUGACCGCGCUUCUCGACUGGACCAAACUAGCGGGCAAGACGUGGUACGCCCUCAAUAGCCAAGUCGAGAAAGAGAGUGAGCUUAAUAUCGACAAAAUCGACUAUCUCGAUUACCGGAUAGAGCAGUGGUAUCAACUCCUGGCUGACGACCUGAAGCUUGAACCCAUCCAGCCGGGGCAAGAGGUUCGACAUGUUCAGGCUGUGCUAUUUCUCCGUAAGAGCCAUUUGCACAACUUGAUCUGUCGCCCGGUGCUCCAAUCUGGUACGCGGAUCACGCAAUAUCAGAGACAUGCUCACAAGGCCGUCGCCGUUGCCAAAGAGUCGCUACAGAUGCUCUCAGGCCUCAACGAAACCACCGCCAUCAUAAAGCGUAAUCCGCUUUUUUUCAAGCACCUCUUACUAACUGCUUUUGGCAACCUGUUACUGGCUGUUGUGAAUGCCAGCUCCAUGUUCUGCGACAAAGUCACUGUCGAGUUUGACAUUGCGCUGGAUAUGAUCAGAGCCCUAAGCAAUAGGUCGACGUUGUUGCUGACUCUUUGGGAGCGUCUUCAAGGCCUACGGAAACUCACGACACGGCUGUCUGCCUCUUCGGCCACGGCAUCGAGUAGCAGCGGGCAAGGUGAACAGAGAGAUAGUGUCGAAAGCCCUUCUGAUGCUCUAUUGUUUGGCAAUAUGGGAGAUAUGAUGGUUUUUGACCAGCUGAACGGUUUCUUUGAUCUUACGCCCAUGUCCACGAAUUCACUUCCUAACAUGGGCUCCCCAUUUCCGAUGGAGACAUUGGCGGGGUACACGUCACGAACAGUGCCCUUCAAAGUUACCUCAGAUAUAACCAUCAACGCCGACGUCGUGUACCCCGGGAAGUCAGAUGGCUCUCCCGCUGUUGUGCUGCUGCAUUAUCACGGUGGCUUUCUUAUCGUCGGAGAUCGGUAUUCGUUCUUGCCUCACUGGCUUGUGCAUGCCUCCGCCUCCCGUGGAUGGGUCUUUGUGACUCCCGAGUACCGCUUGAUGCCCGAGUCGACCGCACACGACUCCGUUGAAGAUGCCGCGGACGCCUAUAAAUGGGCCCUGUCGUCACUACCGGAGAUCAUAGGCCGUCCGGUCGGUUCAAUUUUAGUCGGUGGGUCAAGCGCUGGUGGGUAUCUAGCUCUUAACACAGCCGUCUCGGCUGCUCAAAAGCCUAGCGCACUUCUGCUCAUCUACGGGAUGCUCGAUCCUUCUGGAAGUCGAUACACAACUCCCGGGAAAAAUAUCUUCGGCCGGCCGCCAGUCGAGACCGGGCCAAUCCUGGAAAAGUGGCCCAUGGCCAAGGCUUCGGGCGAAGAGAGGAAGCCUGUCUCAGCUUAUCCGAUAUCAGGCGACCCGUCCGCUGACCCCAGAUUUGCUCUUACGUCGGCACUGCACAUUGACGCCCUCUUCCCCGACUACAUGACUGGCGUCUCUGGUCUUACUCGUCAGAUUGCCACUCAAGGAGCUGCAGCAGUACCCAAAGAACACCAACAUCUAUUCCCACUUGACUUUGGGGAUUUCAGUGGCUUCCCGCCUGUCAUGCUACUCCAUGGUGCGAACGACUCAGCUGUACCGGUUGAGUGUAGUACCAGAGCCGCAGAGAAGCUCAAGGCAUCUGGAGUGCGUGUGUUGGCAGAGUUUCCAUCUGAUGCGGAGCACGGUUUCGAUGGAAGGCCCGGUAACGUCAACGUCGAGACUUCAGCUGGGGAUUCGGUGACUGCUGUGGAGUCUCUCCGGAAGGCGAUUGGUUUCCUCGAGCAGCAUGUGGCCAAAUAG